UCUCCUCAGCUUCCCGAAACGACGCCGCAACCUUUGAAACAUUAUUCUCUCCCUUCCAACAAAUUAUAUAAUCGCCUGACCUGACUUUUAACAUCAGCAAGCACGUUGGUACAUAGGCCGUCUCCCACGCACGCACCUCUCCAGACUCCCCUUUCAAACUAUCGUCAAUUCCAUCAUCUUCCUUCCAGUUCUAGGCUUUUGAGUCGCCAUCUAUCCUUAUUUGUUCUCGAUCCAUCUGGAUGCGCCUGUAUUAAGGGAAGUUAAUUUAUGAUGGCGAAUAAAGUAGAUCACGAGUACGACUAUCUGUUCAAGAUCGUACUGAUCGGGGACUCUGGAGUCGGCAAAUCAAACAUUCUGUCGAGGUUUACGCGGAAUGAGUUCUGCUUGGAGUCCAAAUCCACCAUCGGAGUCGAAUUCGCUACCAGAACUCUUCAGGUAGAGGGAAAGACAGUUAAGGCUCAGAUAUGGGAUACUGCUGGACAGGAGAGGUAUCGUGCAAUUACUAGUGCUUACUACAGAGGAGCUGUUGGUGCCCUCCUUGUCUAUGACAUUACAAAGAGGCAAACUUUUGAUAAUGUCCAGAGGUGGCUCCGAGAAUUGAGAGACCACGCAGAUUCUAACAUUGUCAUCAUGAUGGCUGGAAACAAGAGAGACCUAAACCAUCUCAGAGCCGUUUCUGAGCAGGACGGUCAGGCCUUGGCAGAGAAGGAAGGACUUUCAUUUCUCGAAACAUCUGCACUGGAAGCUCUUAACAUUGAGAAGGCAUUCCAGACAAUUUUGACAGAUAUCUACCAUAUCAUAAGCAAGAAAGCAUUGGCAGCCCAGGAGGCAGCUGCCACUGCAGUUCCUGGUCAAGGGACAACUAUCAAUGUCAGCAAUGCAUCAGGAAAUGUAAAGCGAGGUUGCUGUUCUACUUAAUUUCACAUUUGAGUGAGGAAGCAAUGAUUUGAAGAACAGUUUUUUGGGCAAGAUAAAGGCUUGUAGAAUACUUGUUUACUUUUUCUGGGAUGAAAAAGAAGGCUUGCGAGUAUUGAAACAAAAAGAACAAGUACCGGCUUCUUAGGGGUCUUUGGUCUUUCAUGAGACAUCCUUAGUUCUUAUGAUAUAGUGGGAGUUUCUGAUACUGGCCUGUUAGAUUGUAACAGAUUAAUUGAACAUCUCAAUUGAGAGGAGACAGGGCGAAAAGAGUGGUGUGAAAGCAUAGUGUUUCCUUACAGAUUUUUUGUUGGAUUAAUUCUAUAAUAAAACUCAUACCAUCAUUUAACAUUCUCUUUCUAA